CAGAAAAUUGAUUUUUCUUAUUUUUUUUAUGAAAUAUUAUAUUCUGCAGAAAAAUAUGGAUCUAUCUCAUUUAUAUUUAUUUAAUUUAUUUCAUGAACAGAACAGUUUCAGUGAUAUUGGGACCACAGGCACCUCUUGUCUAUACACUCAAUAAUGAGUAAUGAUAAUGAAUUUUUAUUGAAUUUCUGGUACAAAAUAAUGAGCAAGACAUUAAUAAAAUAAUUUCCACAACAAAUUUGCUGUUAAAAAUCCCUAGAAUUCUUAACAAAAAUUUGAUAGAUGUUCAACCACUUCUUUAUCAUCACUAAUUAUCCUUCCGCAUCAUCUGACGUGACUCACCGUUCGCGAAGAAUAAAUUAAUCGCGAUGGGAACCGAAACAAUCGGUACAAUUUGCCAGCGUAAUGGCGUCCCUAGAUAAACGUAUCAAUAAUGACUUAAUGGCAUCAAUUUCCCGUAAUGCAAUGGAAAGUAUUUUUUUUCCCAUCGAGAAUGUGUUAUUACCCGGACAAUCGGUCUUUGAACAGCAGAAAUGACAGCAAUCACUCAUCGAUCGGUUAAUUACCUGUUGGUAAUAUUGAUGAUAUCCCCUCGGAAGGAAAAAUUAUUCUCUCAUUUGAGUGUCAGAACCUCCGACGAAUCUAUCAUUUGUGCUUUGAUGGUGAAAGAGUGUUUAAUUUUAUGACAAAUGGGUGGGAAAAAUAAUCUGAAAUUUCACUGGAAUUUAACGAGCUAUUGUUUGAGAAUUCUCGCACUUUGGCCGUUGCUGAGAGCUGAGAGUUUCAUGAGCAAAAUUUUUGAUUAUGGACAUUUGAUUGCUGUGGGGAUGAUGGCACUCCAGCAAGGCCUCAGCAUGCUGAUGACGUGCUACAUCAAGUGUGAGAAUUUUGUCGCUGCUGCUGAAAGCAUAGGGCCUAUGAUGGCAUUGUUCAUAGCCCUCGGUAAAAUCUGCAUCUACAGGUACAACAAAUCACCCCUGAGGAAGCUCUCGAUAAGCCUCGAGGAAUGUCUGAACAAUCCAAACAGCGAGGAGUACAACUACCUCGGGGCGUACAUGAAGUAUGGAAACAUCGCAUCUACAUCUGUCUUCGGAUCAAUAUUGGUUUUGAUGGUUGGCUACUUCAGUCUGCCGCUGAUGCGAUCCACUCACGAGCUUCCCUUUCUCGCUUAUUACCCCUGGAAUUGCCAGAAUUCCACCCUGGGAUAUGCCAUUUCUUAUCUUCAUCAAGUGAUUUUGACGUCUGUUCUGGCGUGCGCCUGCUCCACUGAAUUCACUUUCGUCUGGUACGUUAGCCAUUGCUGUGCCAGGCUGAAGGUCGUUCAGGAUAAAUUGCGGACCUUAUCGGUGAGGAAUUUCGGUAGGAAGUUCGGGCACGAGUUGCAAAGGGUCAUUUCCGGAAUUGUAGAAAUUCAUGCCAACGUUCUUGAUUUGAACAAUUGCAGUGAUGUCAUUCUCAUCAACACGUCCUUCACUUAUAUCGUCUUGCUGUUGUUCCUGGCAGCUGUUAUUGCUAUUUGCUGCGCUGGGUUGACAAUAACGAGCAAAACCACGGAGUCGACGAUUAUUCUUCUCUUCAUGGUCCUCGCUAUUUAUUACGCCCAGCAGUUACUCUUCUAUUAUCUUCCGGGGGAUCUACUUGCACAGGAAACAUUGGCAGUGGGGGAGGCAGCUUAUGCCAGUAGCUGGGAAAUCCUAGAUGCCAAACAUCAGAAAACAAUAGGACUCAUUCUAGUCAGGAGUAAAUUACCCCCUCGGCUGUUGGUCGGAAAUUUAAAUCCGCUCUUGAUGGAAAAUUAUAUGUCGUUUCUCGCAACAACUGCGUCAUACUUCACCUCAAUCAGAGCAGUGACUGAUAAAGAUUAGAAAACAACAAUGAAGGCUAGACUUUCGUGUUUUCAAAUAUUCCAUAACGAUAGCAAAUGACAAAAGUAGUGGAUAAUUAUUAGAGGCUGGUGAGAACAGUCGGCAUAAAUUAUAAUGAAUAAUAAUAAUAUUUAUUUAAAUAGGAAACGUUUGUGGGAUGAUUCAAUUUCAAUUAUCUUCUAUUCAAUCUA